AUAUAUAUAUAUACAUAUGUGUGUGUGUGUGUAUAUGCAUAUGUGUAUGGCUUUUUGAUCAGUUUCCCCACUUUGCUAAUAUAAUUGUUUUUGUGGGGUUCAUAGUUUUUGAAGAAAUCUGAUUGGGUCUGUCUCAGGCCAAAUCCCCACCUUAUACUCUCUCUCUCUCUCUCUAUACUGUUUGAAGAGAGCUAGCUUUAUAUAGAAGACUUGCCUCAACCUUACCUGCUCAAGGUGGGGGUCAAUGAAAGAGGGCAAGAAAGUUCAUAGAAAAAGCUAAAAGGGCUUAAAGCUUAAAGAAAGCUGAUUUCUUCACAAAGCCAAGUGCUGCUGCUUUCUCCAUAUCUCAUCUCUCUCUCUCUCUCUCUCUCUCUCUCUCUCUCUGUUCUCUCUAUCUCUUACUGGUUCCAUUGAUGAGUAAAGCUGGAAGAAACAGCAUCCACUACUUCUACAGGUGUACAGGUAGGGCUUGACACUGCUUCAUCUACAAGAUAUAUUCCACACAAAACCACAACAAUUCGCCCAUGUUAGACGACAGCCACAACCACAACACUGCUGCUGCUUCCGCUGGUCCAUCUUCCUCUUCUGAUGCCUUCACCUCCUCCGAAAAUGGUGUCUCCGCCAAGCGCAAACGGAGACCCGCCGGCACCCCAGAUCCAGAUGCGGAGGUGGUCUCGCUGUCGCCGAAGACGCUGCUGGAGUCGGAUCGGUACGUGUGCGAGAUCUGCAACCAGGGGUUCCAGAGGGACCAGAACCUGCAGAUGCACCGGCGGCGGCACAAGGUGCCGUGGAAGCUGCUGAAGAGGGAGUCGCCGGAGGUGAAGAAGAGGGUGUUCGUGUGCCCGGAGCCGAGCUGCCUGCACCACGACCCCUGCCAUGCCCUCGGCGAUCUCGUCGGCAUCAAGAAGCACUUUCGGCGCAAGCACAGCAACAACAAGCAGUGGGUCUGCGACAAGUGCUCCAAAGGCUACGCCGUCCAGUCCGAUUACAAGGCCCAUCUCAAGACUUGCGGCACCAGAGGCCAUUCCUGCGACUGUGGCCGUGUCUUUUCCAGAGUUGAAAGCUUCAUCGAACACCAAGACACCUGCACCGUCCGGCGGGUCCGGCCGGAACUCCAGGCCUUGCAGCCGGCGUGCUCCUCCCGGACGGCCUCGAGCACGAGCCCGUCGAGCGACGCGAAUUUUGGCAUUGUCCCAUUGCAAAGGCUGGCGCUUCCGACGCCGCCUCAUGAACACAAUUUGGAGCUUCAGCUUCUGCCAUCCUCAAACGCUUAUGCAACUCAAAGCUGCGAUGAAAAUCACGAAACCAAUUUGAAACUCUCAAUUGGGUCGAAUAAUUUGGAUGCUGUGGAAGCCAUGGAAGCUUCGAGAUUGAAGGAAGGGGCCAGCGAACAGCUCAAGCUGGCCAUGGCGGAAAAGGCUUAUGCCGAAGAGGCGAGACAGCACGCCAAAAAGCAGCUUGAAAUGGCGGAGAUGGAGUUUGCGAAUGCCAAGAGAAUUCGGCAACAAGCUCAGUCUGAGCUCGAGAAGGCUCAUCUUCUGAAAGAUCAGGCGACCAAGAGGAUUAGUUCGACCAUUCUGCAAAUAACUUGCCAUUCUUGCAAACAACAGUUCGAGGCAUCGACUUCUGGUGUGCCGCCGGCCGACGAGACUUCUCUCGCCGCCAGUUACAUGUCCUCCGCCAUUACAGAAGGAGAAGGAGAGUAAACCAUACCAAUAUAUAAGUUUUCUCUCUCAAAGUCGCUAUUUUUAUUGUUAAAGGGGUUCUUGAUCAUUGCUGCUUCUUCUCUAUUUCUCAUGCUGGAUCGUGUGGGUGUCAAUGUGUCUAGUGAGUGUCGUUCAUCCUUUUCUUUUAGUUUGUGCUGAAUAUUUCUUCAUUUGUUAAAAGGAAAAAAAAUAUUAUAUAUCAUGAAUGUUUUAGUUUUUUUA